CGCCCGCUCGUUUCGGGAAGGGCGGUCCCCCGCCCGGAAGGGACCCGCCGCGGCGCGGAGGUGCCUGCCGGGGGCGGGGCAGGCCGCCGGGCCACCCCCGGCGCUUGAGGCCGGUGGUCCCUCCCAGGCUGGGUGUGCUGUGAGGCCAAGCCACCCGUUCCCCUGCCCCCACUCUCACCUAGUCCCCUCCCCGCCCUCUCGGCGGGCCCCUGAGGCGUGCGGCGCAGGCGCGGAGCGAGGCGGCAGGAUGGCGCUCCCCUCCCCCAUCCCGAAGGCAGUUCCAUCCCCUGUGGAGGACGCUUCCACCCUGGCUCGCCUCGGCCCCCCGCUGUUUUUUUCCGAAAGGCAUUUUUUUUACCAUCUGUGAAAACUUCCUGUAAUUCAUUUUUCCUCACUCCAGUGUUCAGAAUUAUAUCAAAUUAAAAAGAUAUGAAUGAAUAUCCUAAAAAAAGAAAAAGGAAGACUUUACACCCUUCUCGUUAUUCAGAUUCCUCUGGAAUAAGCAGAAUUGCAGAUGGAUUCAAUGGCAUUUUUUCUGAUCAUUGUUAUAGUGUUUGUUCUAUGAGACAACCAGACUUAAAAUAUUUUGACAACAAAGAUGAUGAUUCUGAUACAGAGACAUCAAAUGACUUGCCAAAAUUUACAGAUGGAAUCAAGGCCAGAAACAGAAAUCAAAACUACCUGGUUCCCAGUCCUGUACUUAGAAUUCUAGACCACACUGCCUUUUCUACAGAAAAAUCUACUGAUAUUGAAAUUUGUGAUGAAGAGUGCGACUCCCCUGAAUCAGUCAACCAGCAGACUCAAGAGGAGAGCCCUAUAGAAGUUCACACUGCUGAAGAUGUUCCAAUUGCUGCGGAAGUGCAUGCAAUUUCUGAAGAUUAUGAUAUAGAGACAGAAAACAAUUCCUCUGAGAGUCUCCAAGACCAAACUGAUGAAGAGCCACCAGCUAAACUUUGCAAAAUUCUUGACAAGAGCCAAGCUUUUAAUGUGACUGCCCAGCAGAAAUGGCCUUUACUGAGAGCUAAUAGCAGUGGCCUCUAUAAAUGUGAACUUUGUGAGUUCAACAGCAAAUAUUUUUCUGAUUUAAAGCAGCAUAUGAUCUUGAAGCAUAAGCGUACUGAUUCAAAUGUCUGUCGAGUAUGCAAAGAAAGUUUCUCUACCAACAUGCUCCUGAUCGAACAUGCCAAACUGCAUGAGGAGGAUCCCUACAUUUGUAAAUACUGUGAUUAUAAGACAGUAAUUUUUGAGAACCUCAGCCAGCACAUUGCAGACACCCAUUUUAGUGAUCACCUUUAUUGGUGUGAGCAGUGUGACGUACAGUUCUCCUCAAGCAGUGAACUCUACCUACAUUUCCAGGAGCACAGCUGUGAUGAACAGUACUUGUGUCAGUUCUGUGAACAUGAAACGAAUGAUCCAGAAGACUUGCAUAGCCAUGUGGUAAAUGAGCAUGCAUGUAAAUUAAUAGAGUUAAGUGAUAAGUAUAACAAUGGAGAACAUGGACAGUACAGCCUCUUAAGCAAAAUUACAUUUGACAAAUGUAAAAACUUCUUUGUAUGUCAAGUAUGUGGGUUUCGGAGUAGACUUCAUACAAAUGUUAACAGGCAUGUUGCUAUUGAACAUACUAAAAUUUUUCCUCAUGUUUGUGAUGACUGUGGGAAAGGCUUUUCAAGUAUGCUAGAAUAUUGCAAACAUUUAAAUUCACAUUUAUCUGAAGGGAUUUAUUUAUGUCAAUAUUGUGAAUAUUCAACAGGACAGAUUGAAGAUCUUAAAAUUCAUCUAGAUUUCAAGCAUUCGGCUGAUUUACCUCAUAAAUGUAGUGACUGCUUAAUGAGGUUUGGAAAUGAAAGGGAAUUAAUAAGUCACCUUCCGGUCCAUGAGACAACUUGAUUGUUCUCUUUAAUUUCCAUAAUGUUGAUGUAAAAUAAUAAAUUUGACUUUUUUGCAGAUGUUAAAAUGGAUGAUUUUAAACACAACUUAUGAGAACUGUUUUUAACAAGAUCUUUUAAAAUUUUUUUUCUUGGCAUUGCUAUCUUUUUCAGUAUAUAAUUGUAUCCUAAAUGUGGUAUUUUCAAUGUAUUGUAGUUGGUAGUUUUAACCACUUUUGGUGACUAUCAUGUUUCUUGCAUGUUCUCUGAUUUCAUAAAUUGAUAAGAAACAGAUGUACUGAAGAAAUUAGACUAUAGUUUUCCUUCCGUAAACAUAGGUGCUGUAAACUUUUUCUUCUUUAAACUCAAAAAAACAAGAUCAGUUUUUCAUGUAUGAAGUCGUUGAAGUACUGUACUAUCAGAACUAAAGUGCAACAUAAUACGCACUUAAGUCCACUGAUACUCCCAUUAAUAAGAUCCAGACCCUCCUUUUGCAUUCCCCGACAAUUAUUAUCCCCAAGACAAUCAAUGAACUCCCCAUCUGUGUGAUUCUUUCAGUGACACUAGGAGGCCAGUGUUAUGGUAAGGAGAGAUCUGGUUUUCUUGGCAGUCUUUUUUUAAUUCUUAUUCUACUUUAACCCCAUCUAUGUGCUAAAUAAUUUUAAAGGGGGAGGAACUGGUAAGGGGUUCGACAAUAAAGUAACAUUUCAUAA